AUGGGUGGUAGAGAGCGACGCGAACAACGAGCUCAAAUGGAAGAAGUACGAUGCUCAGCAUUGCCUCUUCCCACAUCUCACUAUAGCGCCUAUCUCGAAUAUGAAUUUCUUUUUACAGGUUCGUAUCAAAUAUACCAAGCAAAACAAUACAUCAAAGAGCAUCUCAAGCCAUCAAUACUCGACGAAGAAGAAUUCGAAUUCCAAGUGCAACUUAGUGCUCAUCACUCCGAUCUUAUUCGAGUUUGCUUUCAAUCAAGACAUUCGAAUGCGAAAAGCUACCAAACAACUAUCCAGUUCAAUGAUCAAGAGGAAAAACCGGUGAAGGGUUGGUACUGUACCGGCAAAUCAGAUAUCAUGAGUAAAUUGUCGAUACGUAUGGGUAUCAGUAUGGUUGCACCUCCACUUGCUGCUGGCGAACUGAAUCGACCGUUGGUCGGUGAAUCCGAACGUAUUAUUUCGGAUAUUUGUAUGCGUUGUCACAGAAUACCGUAUUUGAUGUGUUGUGUAUCGAUCGAUGAAAUUGAUUCACUUGCACCGAAACGUAAAGAUGAUACCAGUGAUGGCAAUGUGGCGAAGCUCAGUGUUCUAUUGUCAGUUAUUGAAGGAAUUAAAGAUGUACCCAAUUUGAUGAUAUUCUGUGCAACGAAUCGUUUGCAUAUGAUGGACGAUGCAUUUCUACGACGUAUGUCCGGCAAAUUCUUUGUCGGACGACCUUCAUCCCAUGCCAGAAGGAUUAUUUUGAGUGGCAUGAAACCUUGGCAUAUGCCACCGCAUUUACUCGAUAGUUUAACUACGGCGACCACCAAUUUUAGUGGAUCGGCACUCAGAGCUCUUCGCCGUCUCAUCACGAUACACUGCGUUGACGCCGCACAUAUCAAUCCACAAUAUCAAUUGGAUUAUCGUACGAUGCUUCAGGUAGCCGAUAUUAUCGCGAGACAACAUCGUAUUUUUCUCGGCGCAGGAACAUUAUCGGCGAUCCUGCUACGCGCUAUCAAGGAUAAUUAUCAAGAAUCCGAAGCACGAUUUAACGAUUUACCAAAUCAACCAAAUUCUGUGUAUACAGGCAAGAUCCUGAUUAAUCUCGAUGCUGCUCACAUUAGUAUCGAAGCUUUACAUACAGAUCCGCUUACUCAUGAAUGUACGAAAAUUGUUGAUCAACACGAUUUAUUCGAUUCUGAGACAAACUUACAAGGUUUACUUCAACGUUUGACUAUUUAUGGUAAAUUACGCAAUGUUCAACUACUUCAAUUGAUCGAUCUGAAUCUCCUAUCGACCGAAAGUGCCUAUGAUGAAAAACAAAAAUUUGAAACACUAAAAGAACGAUUAGAUGAAUGUGCUGCAUAUCGUCGUUCGAUGAUUGUCUACGAUUUGGAUUCAUUAGUCGGUAUUAAUCGAAGUGAAGGCAAUGCUUCAACCGGUCGAACAACAAAUCUAUCAUUGAUCAAUCACAAUAUUUACACUCAUAUAAAAGAUAGAUUUCAAAAUGCUCAUGUUGAAUCAGGAUCGAUUUCUGAAAAUAAUGAUACUAUCGAUACGGAUGAGAAAUGGUCUGUUAUCGUUAUACGUGAACCAUUUUUGUUACGUCAAUUUUAUGACGAUAUUAAAUUUACACGUCCGGAAAACGAAAUUCAAGAAGAAGAAGCUGAACUUCGUCUUGUUAAUGAACGAAAUAAAUGUGUUCAAUGUAAUGAUUUUUACACUGAAAAAGAUAAUCGAAUGGGUGUUUGUAUACAUCAUGAUGGAUUUGUCUAUGAUAAUCAUUGUCAGAAAUUGACUAAAUGGACUCGACGAGCGGCAAUUGAACAAUUAUUGAAAGAAGACGCUGAAGUCAAUCAACCACGGGCACAUGUUAUACAAACACCGGAAGAAAAGGAACGACUGGAACGUCGAAAGCAACGUUACAAAUUUAUUUGUUGUGAUCAGACAUUACAGAUCGGAGGCAUGGCGGCCGGUUGCAAAAAAGGCAAACAUAGUCUUCCACAUACAACGCAUAUCGAAUGGGAAAAUGCUUGUGAUGAGAAUACAGAUUAUCGAGCUAAACUAUCGAGUUUACUUCAGAGUAGAACUCGAUAA